AGGCGUGCGUCAAAAUCUUUGCCUUUUUUGCCUGGCACACCCAAGCAGAUUACUUCCCCACCUGGUUCCUCCAAAAUUUCCUCUGCUCAGACACGUCCUCCUUCUCCUGGCAACAUCCGACCAGUCAAAAAAGAGGUCAAGCCAGAGGGUGAGAAGAAAAGACCAGAAAAAGAGGCUGGAAAGGCCAAUGAGGAGAGGACAGAAGAAAGUAAAGUAACUUCAGCAGGUGCUGGAGAAUCUGCAAGUCAGGAGCAGCUCACUGUCCAGGCAGAGCCCACUCAAGCAACCAGCCCAUCCCUACCUCCUGCUCCACCAGCUGUUGCUUCACCCCCAGCACCCCCCAAGACCUCUGCAGGUACAACUGACCCCGAAGAAGCAACGAGGCUGCUGACUGAGAAGAGGCGCCUUGCCCGUGAGCAGCGGGAAAGGGAGGAGCAAGAAAGGAGAGAGAGAGAAGAGCUUGAAAGACAAAAGAAGGAGGAGCUGUCACAGAGGAUAGCUGAAGAAAGAGCUCGCCGAGAAGAGGAAGAAGCUCGCAGACAAGAAGCAGAAAAAAAAAGGAAGGAUGAAGAGGAGGAGCGGGAAAGAGAAGAACGGCUGCGCCGCCAGGCAGAGGAGAGAGAACAGAAGGAGAAAGAAGAGAUGGAGCGCAUUCAGAGACAGAAAGAAGAGGAAGCUCGCCUACGGGAAGAGGCAGAGCGGAUUCGAUUAGAACGUGAAAAGCAUUUCCAAAGAGAAGAGCAAGAGCGCUUGGAAAGGAAGAAGAGGCUUGAGGAGAUCAUGAAGAGAACUAGGCGUGUAGAAGCUGUAGAUAAGAAACCCAAUGACCAGCAAAAUGGACAUAUAUCAAAGACAAAUAUUACUGGAGAACCAGCCAGUCCUGCAUCUCCCUUGGAACCUGCAGCAGGACCUCAGCUUCCACAUCCAACAGAAUCUCCGCACAACGCGACACCCACCACCUGCACACAUGUGAUUGUUUCACACCAACCCCCCAUAAAUGUGGACAGCAAUCUCAAUCCAGAGAAAAACACAAAUGAAAAUGGAAUGUCUAUGCAGAAUGAUAACUUUGAAGAGAUCAUAAACCUGCCUAUUGGUUCUAAACCAUCCCGGCUGGAUGCCAUGAACAAUGAUGGAAGCAAUAGUCCCGAAAUUCCUUUGAAUCCAAUUCUAGCCUUUGAAGAUAAGGGGACUCUUUUGCCUCAGGUAGAUAGUGUUCAAACACAUCAGACAGCAGAAGUGAUCUGAUUGUUUCUUCUGAAGAACCAAAGGUGAUAAUGAGCGUCUCUACAGUCAGUGGAGUUUCUUCCAUGCUAUGAAGGAGUGUUUUAUUUUUUCUCUCCAGUUUUUUAAAGAUUUCUUGAAUAUCUUUUUUGGAAGGACUUUAGUAAAACCAGCAGAAGAGAUGAGGGGAAUAGACUUGGAUCACCUUUCUAAUAGCUUUCAUCACUAGAAAAAUCAUGCUUCACGUGCGUUACUUAAUAUGGCUAUUUCCAACAAGCUUUUUUCGUUAGUAAAUGGAUAUUUCUGCAUUCCUUAAGACACCAGACACUGGAAUCUGAAAGUAAUGGGCUGAUUUGGGUGGUGGGACUGAUUCUUUUUUGCUUUUUUAAAAAAGGUGGGUGUUGGUUUAAAAGGCAUAAUUAUAAAAAUUGGCAAAGAAUCUUUUACACUUUGUGGUUCUAAUACUUGAAAAAUAAAUGCCUCAUUGCUCUACAAGUAGAGCUAAUGGGGUGUUUUAUUUAAACCUGUUGGUUUAAAUGUUAUUGCAGAGAACUCUAAUUAUGGGGGCAAACUAUAGGCUUCUGUAUCAGGUUCUUGUAAAUGAAAUCCCUACAGGGACAUUCUGUAAAUUGAGAUGUCACUAUGAUCUUCUUGCAUUUUCUCUAAAAACACAAAACAAGACAGGUUUUAAAAUGUGAAAAUUUGAAAGCGUUAUUUUUUCAUGGACAAGAGGAAAACCUAUUGUUCUCCUAGAUUAUGUAUUUAUGAAUUUUGCUCAGUACAGAAAUAAAUAAUUUAAUUGAAUAAAUUAGACAAAUGUGGCAAAAAGAUACUGCAAACUUGAUUUUUUUUUUUUUAGUUACAUCCAUGUUCACAAACUUAUAAAAGAUGUGUAUGCAUAUGCACACAAACAUGUGCACACACACACAAGGAAAUACCUUGUUCUGAGUCCUGUAAGUUGCUGCUGUUCCCAAUGAUGGAAGACUUUUCCUUUGCCUUAUCAGACUACUGAAGACUGUGUGAAACCUGAAAUAUUUGAUUUUUGGAUGAUGCAGGUUUGGGAUUUUUUGGUUUUGCUCGUUUCAGAGCAAAUGGGAAAUGGUCAUUGUUUGUGCUUUUUACGCAGUGUGUGGGUUUUAUAAAGCAGUGCAGUUUGAGUGAUAAGAGGAGCAAUGCAGUUUGCUUUCUCUUUAAUUUGAUGCUGAUUUCUACUGUCAUUGUUCCAUCCCUCACUUUUGGUUGUGUUGUGCAGAACUGUAAAAUUUUGCACGUUUUUGUGCUUUCCUAAACAAUGCUGUUGCAGGCUGAGCUCACUCUAGGCAUUUGAGUUUGAAGCAUCAAGGAGGGCUCGAGGCAUUGCUCUCUGAAGUCAGUGAGAAGAUCCUUGGGCAAGGGAAAUGGAGGUUCUUGGGUUUUCAGCUCAUGGUAAGAGAGAAUGUUUCAUUAAGAUUCCUGUGCUUGCCUUUAGUGAGCACUGAGCGAGGCCUCUAGGAAGCUGUGCAGAAAGUCUAUGCUAGCAGAAGAAAUCCUCUGAGACAAAACCUGAAGAAUUUUUGAAGAAACUUCUGCUGCUGCCAAGUGUUCAUCUUAUAGAGGAGAUGGGAUAAAAGCAAUGGAAAUAAAAUGAAAGAGACUUCAUCUGCCAGAAUCUACAUGGAAGGGAAAAAAACAGCCAUUCAGUCAGAAUGCUUUCAAUAGUAACUUGUGACACAGUAAAAUGAAUUGGGUUCCUUUCUUGCUUUCUUUAGUUUUCCAUGUACAUAGCCACAAUAUUUUGAAGUGUCCAAAAUAUGUAGUUUUUCUUUAAAACUAUAUAUAUAGCAUGUAAGUACCAAAUAAAACUUGUUUGAAAUAUUUA